AUGGAGAAGAACCCCAACGAUACUCAUCUCAUGGCAUGAGGAGAACGAGGGCUCAAAAUGAAGGAUUCCACUAACACCAUUCACCUAAAGGAUCAAACACUCCUUCAUAAAGUUGAUAAGAGGAAGCUCGAAUUACUAGUGACUCAGGCUAACAAGGAGAACAGGAACAUGCCUACACAUAACAAAAAAGACUCUAAAAGGGAUCAGAGGAACAACAGCUCUGAGCCUAAGGCUAUAGGACAUGCCACAUCUGGCUGAGAGAAGGAGAAUCUUCCUUUCCAAGCCUUGUCUCCACAACCUCAGCGAGAAGGGUUGCUUCCUCGAGUCCAAAGAUUGAGGGACAGAAACAAGAAGACACUGGUUCUUGACCUAGAUGAGACUCUUGUUCAUUCUUCAUUCGAUAAGUGAAAGUGCGACCUUGAACUUCCCAUCAUAAUGGACAACCAGAGGUAUGUAGUGUAUAUCAAGAUCAGGCCAAGGGCGAUAGAUUUCCUCCGCAAGAUCACUAAGUACUACGAAGUAGCUAUUUUCACAGCCUCUGUUGCUGACUACGCAGAUCCUCUGAUCAACAAACUGGAUACAAACAACUACGGAUUCUACAAGUUCUUCAGAGAGCACUGAACUUACAAUGGGAAUUACACAAAAGACUUAAGCAAACUUGGAAGAGACCUCAAGGAUUGUAUUAUAGUAGAUAAUCUCCCAAAGAGUUAUUCUAGCCAGCCAGAGAACGGGAUCCCGAUCCUGUCCUGGUAUGAUGACAAGAGCGACAGAGAGCUGGAUGCGCUCUUCCCGUUACUAAUCAUGCUAUCCAAGGUGGAAGACAUUCCUCGGUAUAUCAAAAGGUUUGUAAAAUAAAGACAAAAUUGAUUACGAUACCUUAUACUCUCUGUUUGAUAAGAAACCAGAGUUUCGCAACUUCGUUCGGAAAAUAUACGAGAUCAAGGGAAGUUCCCUUUCACUGAAGAGACAGUUAAACCCGCAGCCUGAGCAGAGGAGCUUGAAAAGAGAUCAGGAAAAUAGAAAUAUUACUGCUAAUGAAAAGCAUAACCCUUCGAAAAGGAAGAAAAGAGAGAAUAAGACUAAAAUGUUCAAGAAAAACAGUUAUGAGUCUCCUAAAAAGACCAAAUUAAAUCAGAAUAAAAUAAUUACCAUUGAAGAGAACUACUCUCAGACUAAAACAUAUCAGAAGGGCAAUAUAGAUUCAGUCAAGAGGGAGGGAAGGCACAGGGAGAACGAAUGCCAGCCAACCCCUUCUAAGUCAAACUCAUCGCUCAGUAAUUCUCAUCAUAAGAAGAGUAAGAAGGGAGGAUUGGGCCUUUCAAGCCGCAAGAAUUCGAACCCGUUUCAGACAUGACACAAGCCCACAAGUGUCAAAGUGGAGCAAUAAAAGUGAUAUGUCUAGACACCCCUCAAAACUCUUCGUUAAACU